AUGGUCAGGUCCUCGUGGAAUUCAUUGGGUGGUAUAUCCCGUCAGUGCAUCGUGCAAGUUGGUGGUAGUAAGGCCAAGACCCUGCAAGCAGGCAGCAUUUGGCAGCGUGAAGACCAAGCAAAGUCAUUUUGUGCAGAACUACUCAAAAAGUUGCCUCUGCACGAGCGAGAGCGACUUCUAGCUUCCGAGUCUCUUGCUACAUCUCAAGCACCCUCACAUGUCAAUACGGACACUUCUAUAUUUAUUCAGAGCUCGAGCAGGUCACCGAUGCGCAUAUCAAGUAUGUUACUGUGCGCUGUGAUGCUUGGACCCGCACUGGGCAGCAAAUAG